UGCUAACCGAGCCCUCCUGCAGCCCCCCGGGGGAAACACAAGAGGAGGGGGUGAUAGUUGUGAUGAUAAGCUUGCCUUUUAGCAGAAUAGGCCUAUGGGGACAUAAGUGUGGCUCUGCGAGGGGCUGUCCAACCCUCCCUGCUCCUAUAGGAACAAGUCUCACUGUCACUGUUUUGCCAAGAUCUCAGUGACACUGUUUGGACAACACAGACAGCUUCUUUUUUUUAAAUUUUUUUUCUCCACUCAGCAGGUUACCUGCUGUGUGGUUUGACUGAGCGUAUUGGGUAAAAAAACAAAAACAAAACAUGGCCAUCCGAUACAUCAAGCACAAGUACCUGUGGAUUUAUGUUCUGAAUUAUGAGAAACUGUAGGAUAAAAGAAUAAUGGAGAUUCCACCUGUGGUGAGUUUGGAUGGACAUCAGUCUUGGACAGCUUCAGGAUUACAAACACUGACCUUCUCCACACAGACUUCACAAAGCUCUGCUCUCUCAGCUAACGGUUCAGCAGACCACACAGGGGAUGGUUGUCUACCUGAAGCCCGAAGCUCGCUGUUGGAGCCAGGUGAGGACGUACACAAGCUGAAGGAGAGUUCCGUUCUUGACAGUCAAAACAACAAUGAAAUUUCGGAAGCUGUGGGUCCACAGGAGCCUGAGCGAGUCACUGGUGAAGCACAUCUGGACGUGAAUCCACUGGUCUCAGAUCAGCUUCAUGAGGGAUGUAUUGAGUCCACAUUACCAACAUCAAAUAACUUUACACUUCCCGAGGGCCGGUCACACCAGGUGCUUCAUAAUCAUGUUGGUCAGACAGAAGGUUUGAACUCUGGUUGUGUAAAAACAGACCUUGAGAAGUUAGAGCCAGUCUCAAAUGGCCACGUCUUCAGGCCUUCAGAGGACCCCACCUUCAAUCUGGACUCCAGUCCUACCCUCACUGUCACUCAAGCUGCCCCGGCUUCAGGCCAGAGAGUCCUGGAUCUCCCACGCAUCGUGAAGCACAAACCGAGCUCCAUCACCUUUUUAAACUACACCUGUCCCUCCGGAGCCGGCGGCCAUUCUUUAUUCAAUGAGAGCUCUGACGAUGGAGAGUCGUCACCCGGUGAGGAGAAGGACGACGGCGAUCACGAUGAUGGGGACGAUGACGACGAUGAUGACGAUGUUUUCCCGGAGCUUCCUCAGAGUAGAGAGCGUCUCGUCAAUCACAGACAAAGGAGCAAAGACAAACAGAAGAGGAGAGGAGCUGUGAGUGGCCAGGCAGAAAUCGAUCACACGGCCAGAAAAUGUGGUUACGAAGCCGAAGGAGAAGGCAGCAGUAAGGAGGUAUCUCCGCAGGUCAAGUCUCCCUGGUCGGAGUCGAUGAACCAGCUGAUGAGGAAACUCGACCAGCUCAAUCUCGACAUCGAGGAGGCUCUGAGUGCAAGCUCCUCCCCCUCCGACACACCCUGCACCACCCGCAAGAAACAGUGGGGUGCUGUUUCAAAGUUGAACCAAGCCCAGAACGAUCUCCAAGGACCGGACAGAGGGGGAUGCCCGAGCCAGGAGAGGUCCUCUGCUCCUCGCAGCGCCUCAGUGGGAACGAGAGCGACGGCCAAGAAGAUGAUGUUCAAUAAGAUGAGCAAUGCAGCAGGGCCAGAAAUUGAGGCGAAGGAGGCGUGUGACUGGCUGCGGGCAGCAGGAUUUCCCCAGUAUGCUCAGCUCUUUGAAGAUUCCCAGUUCCCCAUUGACAUAACUCCGGUGAAAAGAGAUCAUGACUUCUUGGAUAAAGAUCUCGUGGAACCUCUGUGCAGGCGACUCAACACCUUGAACAAGUGUGCCUCUAUGAAACUUGACGUGAACCUUCCGAAGAAGAAAAGUGAAGACUCUGAUGAAGAAGACCUGUUUGCUAUCAGUGACAAAUGGACCUUUGAGUGGAGCAGCCGGCGCUGGUCCAGGUUACAGGACAUUGACUGUCUGCUGGAAAAUCACAGAGAAGUUCAGCCCUCCGGGGACGGCGUGCCUCUGAGAACCACCACCAGCAGUGAGAGUGUUCUGACAGACCUCAGCGAGCCGGAGGUCUCAUCCCUGCACAGCGAAAGCAGCGGCGGGAGCGGCCACAGGGGCCUCAGCACAGAGGACUCGGACUGCUCCAACCGCACCUGCUCAGAUUCUGCAGCAAUGCCAGACUCUACUUCCCUCACAAUGCCUCACAUCCCCAAAGAAAUCGCUCACUAUGGCUCAUUACCUGAUAAGCACGGCAAGACAAGCCGCAUCCGUGCCAAAGACUUCCUGAAGCGCAUGGAGACACUGCGCUCUCGAGGAACUCUGGGAAGGGGGCGUAAGACGUUGGUGAUCAGCACUCCGGUGCUGCAGCACGAGGCCCAGGCUCUGAAGACGCUGCGGUGUGUCGAGAUCAUAAACGGAGAUGGUGGAGCUCCAGAAAUACCGUCCAACAAAGUUCUGCCGUCUCACUCCAGCAGCGAGGGUAGCAGCCAUUCCAGUGGCAGCGCUGUCAGCACACCCAGCCUGAAAGAGCGCAAGCCUCACCGGGCCGACCACAAGCGCAGCGGCAUGUAUCUGGAGGACAUAGACAUCUUCUCGGGCACUCCAGUGAAUAAAGUCGCAGAACAAAACCGCAGGAAUGAGUUCUGCUCCUAUGAAGACCUGGUGGUCCACAUUCCCAAAGACCACAAGCCAGGAACCUUCCCCAAAGCACUCUCCAUAGAGAGCCUGUCCCCAACGAACGGGGCCUCCAUCAACUGGCACACGGGCAGCAUGCACCUGGAUUCCCCACUGAUUUCAAGCAGGAAGGAGUCCAGGCCCGUCACCCAGUGCUGCUCCAGAGGCAGCCGCAUCAGUGUGUACGAUAAUGUUCCCGGCUCGCAUCUGUACGCCAGCACCGGAGACCUGAUCGACCUGGAGAAAGAGGACCUGUUCCCUCACCUGGACGAUAUCUUGCUGCAUGUCAAUGGUCUCCAGCAGAUAGUGGACCACUGGUCUCAGAAUGUGUUGCCUGUUGGAGAAGGGCUGGCACAGCUGGACGGUGCGAGGGAAGACUUGGGGGGCCUGCAGUCCUCUAGUCAGAUCACAUUGGACUUUGAGGGAAAUUCUGUCACGGAAAGUCAGACCCCACUUAGUCACGGGGACAGAGACAGAGUGUCGCUCGCUGAGACAGAAUCUACAAGGCUCAGGGAAAGGAGGGACUCUGGAGUAGGUGCUUCACUUACGAGACCUAACCGGCUACGAUGGCCCAGCUUUCAGAUAUCUAAUCGUCUGAGUCACUCAGUGGCUUCGCUGCAGAUUACCAACCAGUCCGCAGGCCAGCUGAGUCUGUUGCAGAAGUUUUCUCUGCUGCGUCUUACUGCAAUCAUGGAGAAGUACUCCUUGUCCAACAAGCAUGGCUGGACCUGGUCCGUCCCAAAAUUCAUGAAGAGAAUGAAGGUACCAGACUAUAAGGAUAAAAAUGUGUUUGGCGUGCCUCUCAUCGUGCAUGUGCAGCGAUCUGGACAGCCGCUGCCCCUCGGCCUGCAGCAGGCCCUGCGGUACCUGAGGAGCCAGUGUCUUGACCAGGUGGGUCUCUUUCGUAAGUCCGGGGUGAAGUCUCGAAUUCAAGCUCUCAGGCAGAUGAAUGAGAGUUCCCCAGACAAUGUGAACUAUGAGGAUCAGUCUGCCUAUGAUGUGGCUGAUAUGGUGAAGCAGUUCUUCAGGGACCUGCCUGAGCCUCUGCUCACCAGCAAACUGGGGGAGACCUUCCUCCAUAUCUACCAAUAUGUGCCGAAGGACCAAAGGUUGCAAGCCGUCCAGGCAGCCAUCAUGUUGAUGUCAGAUGAAAAUCGGGAGGUGCUGCAGACACUGCUCUGUUUCCUCAGCGAUGUCACAUCCUCCGUGGAGGAGAACCAGAUGACACCCAUGAACAUCGCUGUGUGCCUGGCGCCCUCCCUUUUUCACCUCAACAUACUCAAGAAAGAUAACCUCUCACCAAGGGCAAUGCAGAAGAAGUAUGCCACUGGCCGACCGGACCAGAAGGAUCUGAAUGAAAACUUAGCAGCAACACAGGGCCUGGCUCAUAUGAUCAUAGAGUGCAACCGUCUCUUUGAGAUCCCUCAUGAGAUGGUUACUCAGUCGCGUAAUUCAUACGUGGAGGCCGACUUGCAUGCACCGACAAUUGGCGAGCUAUGCAAGCAGCUGGAGGAUGAUGACGGAACGUACCAAACGCACAUGGAGGGGAGGCUUCAGAACCUGCUUAAAGAGGGCAGAGAAAAGUCCAAGUACUGGAUGUCCUGCAGCAGCUCUGAUAACACAGAGCUCUACUAUAAGAAGGUGGGAGAUGGGAACCCUUUGAGACGCUGGCGAGUGUCCGUGGAGGUUGAAGCGCCACCCUCUGUAGUGUUGAACCGUGUGCUGCGAGAGCGCCACCUGUGGGACGUGGAUCUGCUGCAGUGGAAAGUGUGCGAGACAUUGGAAAAGCAGACUGAGGUGUUUCAGUAUGUCCUGAAUCGCAUGCCCCCCCAUCAAAGCAGGGACUUUGUGGUCCUCAGGUCAUGGAAGACAGACUUGCCCAAAGGUGCCUGCUCCCUGGUUUCUGUGUCUAUAGAGCACGAGGAUUGUCCUCCUGUUGGAGGUGUACGAGCUAUUGUCCUGGAGUCCAACUACCUGCUAGAGCCAUGUGGCUCAGGAAAGUCAAGACUCACUCACAUCUGCAGAGUGGACUUGAAGGGAAGAACUCCAGACUGGUACAAUAAAGCCUUCGGUCACCUUUGUGCCGCAGAAGCUGCCCGGAUCCGCAACUCCUUCCAGCCAAUAAUCACAGACGGCCCUGAGACCAAAAUCUGAACUCUUUGCCAGUUGUGUCUGCUCAGCCUUGACAUCAAGAUUGAGCCUUUGAGUCAAUGCUAACAGGCCGACACACAGACCCCAGAACUAAAGCACAGUUUAUUCAGUUUUCUCUAGAGUAGAAAUGCUCUGAAGAUAAUGUUAAUAAUGUAAGCUCCUCUGUACUUGCACAAUGACAAAAGAGGACAUCUUAUAGGUGCUGAGCAUAAUUACUCAAUGGGAAAUUAAUCAUCCUGCCAAUGUCCUUAGUGUUAGGAUUUUAUUUACCUUCAUGUUGCUAAACCUGUAUGUUAUGAUAAUUAUUAUCUUUAAUAAUAUUGUAUUACUUUUGCUUUAAUCUACAAUGUCUAGGACAUUCAAGCUCUUAAACGCUUCUGGGAAGCAUGUAUAUGUUAUUCAUUUCAGAUUUAAAGCUAUAAUUAUUAUGA